AACAUAAAAUACUGCUUUCCAACGGCCAUUAUACUUGGAUCGAUGUAACGUGCACAAUGGAUAAAAGGAUAUUAUUAGUGUUUGCCUCCGUGCUCAUAAUCGUGGCAGUUGACAGCCUACGGUGUUAUGAAUGUUCCGAUUGCUCUACAGUAUCCGAACAAAACUUAGUAGAGUGUGAUGCUGACUCGAAAGAUCGAAAUCGUAGAGAUGUUGACGCAAUAAUUUCGGACGAAUCAAUAACUACAACAACUCCAAUCACUGACGCACCGACAGCUGUGCCACCUACAACAGCUCCAGUCACUGACGCACCGACAGCUGUGCCGCCUACAACUGCUCCAGUCACUGACGCACCGACAGCUAUGCCCCCUACAACAGCUCCAGUCACUGACGCUCCGACAGCUGUGCCACCUACAACAGCUCCAGUCACUGACGCACCGACAGCUGUGCCACCUACAACACCUCCAGUCACUGACGCACCGACAGCUGUGCCGCCUACAACAGCUCCAGUCACUGACGCACCGACAGCUGUGCCGCCUACAACAGCUCCAGUCACUGACGCACCGACAGCUGUGCCACCUACAACAGCUCCAGUCACUGACGCACCGACAGCUGUGCCGCCUACAACAGCUCCAGUCACUGACGCUCCGACAGCUGUGCCCCCUACAACAGCUCCAGUCACUGACGCACCGACAGCUGUGCCGCCUACAACAGCUCCAGUCACUGACGCUCCGACAGCUGUGCCCCCUACAACAGCUCCAGUCACUGACGCACCGACAGCUGUGCCACCAACAACAGCUCCGGUCACUGACGCUCCGACAGCUGUGCCGCCUACAACAGUUCCAGUCACUGACGCACCGACAGCUGUGCCACCUACAACAGCUCCAGUCACUGACGCACCGACAGCUGUGCCGCCUACAACAGCUCCAGUCACUGACGCUCCGACAGCUGUGCCCCUACAACAGCUCCAGUCACUGACGCACCGACAGCUGUGCCGCCUACAACAGCUCCAGUCACUGACGCUCCGACAGCUGUGCCCCCUACAACAGCUCCAGUCACUGACGCACCGACAGCUGUGCCGCCUACAACAGCUCCAGUCACUGACGCUCCGACAGCUGUGCCCCCUACAACAGCUCCAGUCACUGACGCACCGACAGCUGUGCCCCCUACAACAGCUCCAGUCACUGACGCACCGACAGCUGUGCCACCAACAACAGCUCCAGUCACUGACGAACCAACAGCUGCGCCGCCUACAACAGCUCCAGUUACUAACAAACCAACAACUUCCCAACCUAGAAUUUAUUAUUGUUACAAAGUUACAGUUACUAACAAUGGCACGGAUGCUAUCAAGAGAGGAUGUGCUGUGAGACAUAACGAGGACCAAGAAACUUGUACGGUACCUCAAAAUAUGCAAGGGAAGGAUUGUAAGACUUGUAAAGAAGACAAGUGUAAUGGGGCAGUCACCAAACAGUUGUCGUUCCUUAUUUUAUUUAUUAUGUUGUCAUUAACUGUAAAGUUAUAAAUAAAUAAUUUUUUAGUACAGUCA